AUGGAAAGCACGAAACUGUGGUUAUGGAAAGAAUGGGUCGCACAGCAACAUGACCUUAUCAAUACAUAUGGUGAGCAGGAGUGGUUCCAACAUUUGUUGAAUAAUGUACAGCAGCAGACAGCAUCGCACAAAGGCGAAGUACCUGGAGUCGAAGAAGACUUCGAAGUGGAAAAUGUAAUGGGAACAGAAGAUAUGCUAAGAGUGAGAGAUGUACCACGCCCCCAACUGCAUCCGCAACCUUACAUGAAAAAAGUGUUAACCGCUCACAAACUGUGCAUGCUACUCCUCGCAUCCGUAAUCGAAGCAUGCGAAAUCGAACGCAGCUUGCAGGAGAAGGAGUUAUAUGUGGAUGCCCUAUUGCAGCAACUGUGA